ACGCCACAUGGUCCGUGUUGGAGGCGGCGGGCUGUAGGAGGGAGGACGGGACAAGCCGCACAUCGCCGAGCACGGUGGCACGGUGCUACUGCCUGCAGGAAUCCAGCUGUAAAAGUCCAGCCGAGGGAGAGAAAAAAAUGCGCUGAGGGCUGGUCAGCAUAUCGGGGAUUUUUCUGGAACUCAGUUCUUACCAGAGACCAGAUCCAGUCCAGUACUGAGGCUGCCGCCGCUGAGGAAGACGCUCCGGACAAGUUGUGAUUUCAGAAGAGAUCCGAGGAGAUGAAUACCAACGAUGCCAAGGAGUAUCUCGCCAGACGGGAGAUACCUCAACUGUUUGAGAGCCUGCUGACAGGUUUGAUGUACUACCGGCCUGACGACCCUAUUGACUACUUGGAGGGCUGUCUGAAGAAAGUGAGGGAGCUGGGAGGGACCGACAAGGUGAGGUGGGAUACAUUCGUGGGCCAGGAGAAGAAGUCCCUGCCCCCACUCAACGGGGGCCAGUCACGCAGGUCCCUCUUCAGAAACGUGUUGCCCGACAGUCCCAAUUUUCCCUACAGAAGAUACGAUCGCCUCCCUCCCAUCAGCCAGUUCUCCAUCGAGAGCGACUCGGACCUGUCAGAGACCGCAGAGCUCAUAGAGGAGUAUGAGGUGUUUGAUCCAUCCAGACCACGACCCAAAGUCAUCCUCGUCAUAGGUGGCCCUGGCAGCGGCAAGGGAACACAGAGCCUGAAGAUUGCCGAGCGCUACGGCUUCCAGUAUGUUUCCGUGGGCGAGCUGCUGAGGAAGAAGAUGAUCCACAACGCCACAAGCAACAGGAAGUGGAGCCUGAUUGCUAAAAUCAUCACCAACGGAGAACUGGCACCACAGGAGACGACCAUAACCGAGAUCAAGCAGAAGAUUAUGAAGAUUCCAGAUGCCAAGGGUCUCGUCAUAGACGGCUUCCCUCGUGAUGUCGGACAGGCCUUGUCAUUUGAGGACCAGAUCUGCACCCCUGACCUGGUGGUGUUCCUGGCCUGCACCAACCACCGCUUGAAGGAGCGCCUGGAGAAGCGAGCGGAGCAGCAGGGGCGACCGGACGACAACCCCAAGGCCACCGAGCGCCGGCUGACCAACUUCAAACAGAACACCAUUCCCCUGGUCAAGUACUUCCAGGAGCGGGGCCUUAUCGUCACGCUGGAUGCCGACCGAGAUGAAGAGGAGGUCUUCUGUGACAUCAGCAUGACUUUGGACAACAAGCUGUUUCCCUCCAAAGAGCCUGUUGCUGGUCCCAGUGAGCUGGACCUCAGUCUGCUGGGGGAAACCAGCAGUCUGGCCGAUAUUUCCUGCAAGUACGAUGAGCUUGAGGAAGAGGAGGGAGAGACUGACUACGCCGAAGGAUCUGCAGAAAGUUACUGUACAGAACAGAGGAAACCAAAGGUCAUCUUCAUGAUUGGUGGUCCAGGCUCGGGGAAGGCUCUCCAGUGUGAAAGGAUGGAGGAGAGGUUCGGUGUACGUCGAGUCACCGCGGGGGACCUGCUGUGCCACGAGCUGCAGUCUCACAGUGACAGGGGGCGCCACCUACGGGACGUCCUGGAGAGAGGAGAGCAGCUGCCCGAGGACACACUGCUGGAGCUGAUGUGCGAGGCGGUGGCGUCGUCCGUACGGCAGGGGAAGGGUCUGGUGCUCAGCGGCUUCCCCAGAGACCUGAGACAGGCUGAGGAGUACGAGGCAAAGAUGGGGGAGCCCAGCGCGGUGCUGCUGCUGGACUGCUCCUCAGACACCAUGUCCAGCCGUCUGCAGAGCCGCCGCCGCUCCUCCUUCAGCUCCUGCUGUCCCGACAGAGACAGAGACAGAGACGGCGCCUGGGACAGGAGGGCCGAGAGCUUCUGCAGCGACAGCCAGCCUGUGGUGGAUCAUUAUGAACACAAGAGGCUUUUGCACAGGAUUGACGCCGAGAGGUCACCAGAGGAAGUGUUUGCGCAAAUCUGCCAGGCCAUGGACUCAUGUUCAACCUUCUGAAUACUACAACUUCACCGCUGCCGACCCCCAUUCACCCCCCUCAAGGUCCAGCAACUACCUGUGAAGACCUUCGUUUUCUCUCUCUGCCAUAUCAGUCACAGGAGAUUCACACCCACACCCACAAACACACAAACAGACACAAGCUCACACCUGCAUCCGAUACAUGCUCAAUGAACUCCAAUGGCGUGCAUGUUCAUUCAAUGUUUUGAAAUACUCCUGGCAGUCAGUAUCAGUGAAACCCACAUGUGCUUAUAACGCUGAAGAAGCGCCCGGUUGCCACCUACUGUAUAGCCUCAUCUGUUCACAUCGUCUACUCUCUUACAUUGACCUCAGUAUCUACUGCCAACUGCCUGACCGAGGCAGAUAACCGUACUGAGAAAAUAGCUUCACCUGCUGUGGCUGAGAGCUUGUUUCUAGCUGAAUGUUGAACCUCUCAGAGCGGAGUGCCCUGUGUUCCCCAAGGCGCUGAGAGAGGGUUCCCACCAUGCUCAAAAGCAAAAUGUCAAACAGUGUGUGGGCACAAAGUGUGUGUGCAUUCAUGCUCUCAUACACAGCAUGCUUCUUUAUAUUGUACCGAGCAUGCAAGAAUUACAAUCAAGCUUACUGCCUUUUGUGCAUUUAACGGAAAAGCAAAAGAAUCUAAGAGUAUUGCAUUUAUACAUUAUACAUAUAUAUAUAUACACACAUAUAUAUACAUGUAUACAUAUAUACAUUGCUGUUUCCAGGCUUCCCAUACAGGAAAAUGUUACAUUUAAGUGCUUGUUUGAGUUGGAUAUUUAACAUUCAAUAAAGCCACUUCAUUUGCUAAA